AUGGGAGAGAUAGCUGACAGCCAUGCUAUAAAGAUCAUUGGAUGGGGAGUAACGGAAACAGGUGUUCCCUACUGGACCAUUGCAAACUCAUGGAACACCGACUGGGGAGAAGAAGGUAAGAUGCGCAAUUAG